GACGGCACUCUCGCUUCCACCAGCUCUCUCUCUCUCUCUCCAUCUCAAGCACGUUUCGAAGUCGAAGGUCUUCUCCACCGCCGCGAAGAUGUCCGCCGGCGAGCUCGCUUGCACCUACGCCACCUUGAUCCUCCACGACGAUGGAAUCUCCAUCACCGCGGAGAAGAUCGCCUCGCUGGUGAAAGCGGCCAACGUCUCCGUGGAGUCGUACUGGCCGAGCCUCUUCGCGAAGCUGGCGGAGAAGAGGAGCGUCGGGGAUCUCAUCACGAACGUCGGUUCCGGCGGCGGCGGCGGCGCCGCCCCCGUCGCCGUGGCCGCACCCGCUGGCGGCGCCGCCGGAGCGGCUGCCGCGGCUCCCGCUGUCGAGGAGAAGAAGGAAGAACCAAAGGAGGAGAGUGACGACGACAUGGGCUUCAGCUUGUUUGAUUAAGGAAAACAAGUACUCUCAUUCUGAUUCGUCUGGAUUUUUUGUUUGGUUCCUUCAGAUUAGGAUCUCUCGGAAUGUUUCAUCCUCAAUUUUUGUUUGGUAUAAUGUCGACAUUUAGCUUCAACCGGUUUUUUUGUACGAUUCAGUUGGCUUGAAAACAGAAUCAUGUCUAUUGCUGAUCAUUUGAUAUCGAACCUUAUCACGCUUGAAACGUUCGGAGUUUCUUUCUCAUGAAAA